UAUAUAUUACGACUCUACAUAAAAGAAAACACCCAGAGAACUCUAUAAGAAGCUUCAACUUUCCAUUCAUUAAAGAAGCCAAAAAAUAAAAUAAAAAGAUGGUGAAUUUUCUUCUGGAAUUUUUCAUACUGUUCUCUGUUCUUGUGUUAGUUUCUGGUACUUCAAGAAAGCUCCCAACUUUACCAUUUGAUGAAGGAUACUUACGACUAUUUGGUCAUGAUAAUCUUAUUGUUCUUGAAGAUGGAAAGUCAGUUCAUAUUUCUCUAGAUGAAAGAACAGGAGCUGGAUUUGUGUCUCAAGACCUUUACCUCCACGGCUUAUUCAGUGCUUCUAUUAAGCUACCUGCAGAUUACACUGCUGGAGUGGUUGUUGCAUUUUAUAUGUCUAAUGGAGACAUGUUUGAGAAGAACCAUGAUGAGAUUGACUUUGAGUUCUUGGGAAAUAUUAGAGCAAAAAACUGGAGGAUUCAAACAAAUAUUUAUGGAAAUGGUAGCACAAAUGUUGGCAGAGAAGAAAGAUAUGGACUUUGGUUUGAUCCAACUGAAGAUUUUCAUACAUACAGCAUCCUCUGGACUGACAGCCAGAUCAUCUUUUAUGUAGACAAUGUUCCCAUAAGAGAGAUCAAGAGGACAGAAGCAAUGGGUGGGGACUUCCCUUCUAAGCCAAUGUCUUUGUAUGCUACAAUAUGGGAUGGUUCUAGCUGGGCUACCAAUGGGGGCAAAUACAAAGUCAAUUACAAAUAUGCCCCUUACGUCGCCAAGUUCUCCGAAUUUGUCCUUCAUGGAUGUGCAGUUGAUCCAAUUGAAUUGUCACCAAAAAGUGACACUGUCCAGAAUUCUGCAGCCAUUCCAACUGGUGUAUCCCCUGAUCAAAGAACGAAAAUGGAGAGCUUCCGAAAGAAAUACUUGCAAUAUUCAUACUGUUAUGACCGAACUCGAUACAAGGUCCCUCUAUCUGAAUGCGUACUUGAUCCCAAGGAAGCUGACCGUCUCCAAGGCUUUGACCCUGUAACCUUUGGUGGCGUCCAUCGCCAUCACAGCAAACGGCACCAGCAGAGGCAAUCGAGGAGGGAAGACGCGUCCUUUAAAUAAAAGGAAGGGUAUUGUGGUUUCUCUACAUUGAGACGUUGAUAUUUGUGUCCAGUUUGAUUGAGGUUAUGGAAAUUUUUUCCUGUGAAUAGAGAAUACAGAAAAGGGAAGAGAGGUAAAUGGGAUUUAGUACUAUAUAUUUGUCAUGAUCAUGAUGGGGUAUGAGUAUAUUUCACACCUUUAGGGUCCCAGCUUGCUCUUUUGAUGUUUAGUCUUUGGACUCUAUUAUGAAUUCAAUUUGGUGAUGAUUUUUUGUACUUCGGUUGAUACUCCGAAUGAUAACAUUGUUGUGAAUCAA